AUGCUUGCGAAGCUUGGACUGCAGCGCUGCGUCUCGCUCUCUUCCAGCCGUUCUGCGACUGCCGGACGUGCUGCCCGACUCUAUGCCACGGCCAGCAGCUCGGGACCCGUCAGCUUUGGUUUAAACGAGGAACAGGAAGCUAUCCGGGAGCUUGCUCAGUCCUUCUCACGCGACAAGAUUGUUCCUGUUGCAGCCGAAUAUGACCGCACCAUGGCUUACCCCUGGCCUCUUAUUAAGGAGGCCCACUCCCUUGGCCUCCUCAACACUCACAUCCCCGAGGCCUACGGUGGCCCCGAGCUGGGCCUUCUUGAGUGCGCGAUGAUCUCCGAAUCGCUCGCCUUUGGAUGUUCUGGAAUUCAGACUGCUAUGGAGGCCAACGGCCUGGCGGAGGCGCCGCUUAUUGUCGCCGCGUCCCACGAGAUCAAGACGAAAUACCUCGGCCGUAUGACCGAGGAGCCGCUCGUGGCAUCCUACGCUGUCACCGAGCCCGGUGCAGGUUCGGACGUUGCUGGUGUCAAGACCAAGGCUGUCAAGACCGGCGACAAAUGGGUCAUUAACGGUACCAAGAUGUGGAUUACCAACUCAGGUCAUGCCAACUGGUUUUUCGUUCUCGCUGUCACCGACCCUGCGGCGGGUGUCAAGGGCAUGACCGGAUUUGUGGUGGAUGCCGAUACCGCCGGCAUUGUCCUUGGCAAGAAGGAGAUCAACAUGGGCAAGCUUUGA